ACAGUUCCGCUUCCUGAAUGUUGCCAUGGCAACAUCAAACAACUCGACUCUUCAAGAAUGCGUUUCAAAAACACUGCCUGAAAAACCUGUAACAGAUUAGUCUGAGCGGAUAAAUCGACUGCAGAUUAGAAAAUAAUCCUUGUAAAUGAGUCAUUUUAAAAACAGGGUCACAAUGAGCCAACGGCAAAUCCUUUCAGUUUUUGAGCAGUACCAGAAAUCAAGACUGCAUUUUGUGCGCAGUGUUGCUGAUCUGGCCAGCAGACCACAAAAUACAGGAAUCCUUAUAAAUGCAGGUGUGAUAACCCUGCUGCGUCCCCUGAUGCUGGAUGAGGUCACCAGCAUCCAGCAGGCUGCCGUUCUGGCUCUCAGCCGGCUGGCCGACCAACACCGGAGCCUGGCUGAGGCUGUUGUGAGGGAGGGCAUCCUGCCCCAGCUGGUCCUCUCUUUGGGCUCCAAGAACAUAAUGCUUAAAAGAACAGCAGCGCUUGUUUUGCGUGCGGUGGCCAGACACUCCUCUGAGCUGUCCCAGGCUGUGGUGGACAGUAGGGGGAUGGACAGCCUGGUUCUCUGCCUGGAGGAGGUUGACCCCAGCCUGAGGGAGGCGGCUGCCUGGGCUCUGGGCUCCAUCGUGCAACACGAUGCUAGUCUGUCUCAGCUGGUCGUGGACGCAGGAGCCGUCCCCUUGCUGGUGUUGUGUCUUUUGGAGCCCAAUGUGUCUCUCAAACGCAUCGCAGUCUCUGCUCUCAGCGACAUCUGCAAACACACUCCAGAGCUUGCCCAAGCCGUGGUGGACACGGGCGCCGUGGCCUACCUGGCUCAGAUGACCAACAGUCCAGAUGCCAAACUCAAGAGGCAGGUGUUUUCGGCCCUCAGCCACAUCAGCAAACACUCCGUGAGCCUGUCUGAAAUGGUUCUGGAAGCCGAGGUCUUCCCUGCCGCUCUGCUCUCCCUCAGAGAUCCGGACGAGUACGUCAGGAAGAAUGUCGCCACUCUGCUGAGGGAAGUGACGAAACUCUCACCGGAGCUGGCCCAUAUGAUUGUGAACUGGGGUGGGCUCGGAGCCGUGAUCGACUACCUGGGUAGUUCCCACGGAAAUCUGCGGCUGUCAGGGAUCAUGAUGCUGGGAUAUGUGGCGGCUCAUAGUGAGACCCUCGCCAUGGCUGUCAUCCUCUCUAAGGGGGUGCCACAGCUGGCCCUGUGUCUGUCUGAGGAGUCUGAGCAGCACAUGAAGGCAGCUACAGUCUGGUCAAUUGGUCAGAUAGGUUCUCACACCCCAGAGCAUGCCAAGGCGGUGGCCACGGCCAACUUGCUGCCCCGGCUCCUUGAGCUCUACAUGGAUGCUGGCAGCUCAGAGGACCUGCGGGCCAAAUGUAAGAAGGCCCUGAAGGGCAUCCUGCAGAAGUGCACCUCCCUGCAGAGCAUGGAGCCGCUUCUCUACGACGCUCCCACCAGCAUCCUCAAACACGUCCUCUGCCAGCUCAGCAAGGUGCUGCCUCACGACAGCAAGGCCCGUCGGGUGUUUGUGACCAGCGGAGGACUGAAGAGAGUGCUGGAGAUGGACGCAGAGCCUGACUCUGAUCUGCAGAAGCACAUCAACACCAUCACCAGCUGCUUCCCUGACGACAUAGUCAAGUACUACAGCCCUGGUUACUCACAGGCCCUGCUGGAGAGUUUAGACACCCACCAACCUAGACAACUCAGCUCUUAAAUGCAUUUUUCCAAUUGAAUGUGAUUAAAAAUCCUAUGUCAUAAAACGUAUGUUUUAUUUUUUUCAAAAUAAAAGUUGUUCAGAUUGUCUCUAAAUUGAUGCUGUCUGCUUUUCUAUUUAUCCAGAGUAGAUUUAAAAUGCAUGAAAAAACAUUUACACGCAUGUUGCUAUUUAUA